UCAGCCAACCCAGUGACCUCCACCCAACCGGCCCCUGCAAAUGACAGGGCGCGCCGGGGGCACAGGGCCUGACCCGCAGCGCCCGGCCGUGACCAGACACUCGCCCGCCCUCUUAGGCAGCGCUCGGCCCCGCGGCCCCGGCCUUAAAAACACCGGAUCCCAGACCCAGCCACGGACGCCCAACUCGGACCCCGAGCCCGCGCCAUGGCGCUCCCCAGCCUCGCCUGCUGCCUGCUCGGCCUGCUGGCGCUCACCUCCGCCUGCUACAUCACCAACUGCCCCGUGGGCGGCAAGAGGGCGACCAUGGACUUCGACGUCCGCAAGUGUCUCCCCUGCGGCCCGGGGGGCAAAGGGCGCUGCUUCGGGCCCAGCAUCUGCUGCGGGGACGAGCUGGGCUGCUUCCUGGGCACGGCCGAGGCGCUGCGCUGCCAGGAGGAGACCUACCUGCCGUCGCCCUGCCAGUCGGGCCAGAAGGCGUGCGGGGACGAGGGCCGCUGCGCCGCCAACGGCAUCUGCUGCAGCCCCGACGGCUGCCACAGCGACCCCGCCUGUGACCCCCAGGCCGCCUUCCCCCAGCACUGA